UGAGUGCGUCUGCGCCAAAAUCUCUCCAAAGUUUAUACCUUCGGGGGCUGGCUGCGAAGCAUAGCCUUCCAAUAGUUAUUUAGCUUAAUAACAGAUCUUCAGAUGACGAAACUAUGACUGCUAUUCCUCUUACUACAUUUUGUGUUUUAAGAAGAGGCCUUGCUACUAAAGCAUACCAAGAAACAAGUGUGUAUCGCAGACGAAAUUUGCAGGAUAAAAUAUUAAGGGUGGACCAUGCUGGAGAACUUGGUGCUGAUCGUAUCUAUGCUGGUCAGAUGGCUGUGUUAGGUAGAACUAGUGUUGCUCCAGUAAUCAAAGAGAUGUGGGAUCAAGAAAAGGAACAUCUUCAAAAGUUUGAAGAAUUACUCCCCAAAUAUAGAGCUAGACCCUCUAUGCUGCUACCUAUAUGGAACAUUGCAGGAUUUAUCUUAGGAGCUGGGACGGCUUUGUUGGGUAAAGAAAGUGCAAUGGCUUGUACAGUUGCUGUUGAAGAAGUAAUCGCAGAUCAUUACAAUAGUCAAAUACGGGAGCUGAUGGCUGAUGAUCCAGUUCAAAACAAAGAACUUUUAGACAUUUUGAAAAAAUUUCGUGAUGAUGAGCAACAUCAUCAUGAUACUGGACUAAAUCAUGAUGCAACAAAAGCGCCAUUUUACAAGUAUUUAUCCCAGACAAUUAAAAUUGGUAGCCUUGGUGCUAUUUGGUUAGCUGAGAGAUUUUAGUACAUAAUACCAUGUAUACAUCCUAAAUACUUAAUACAUUAGGUCUAUGUAAUUUUACAAUUGUUAAGAACAAAAUAAAAUGCUUAUCCUUUGUUUAUUUGAAGUGUAUAAAUUUUUGGAGCAGUGAAUGGUUCAAAACUUUUCAGUUUUGGUCAUUUGAAAAUUGUCAUUGAAGUCUUGUCGAUUGCUGAUAUUUAUUUGUUAUUUUUUAGUUUUGCAUUAAAAGUAUAUCUUUUUUAUUUAUUAAA